AUGGAGCUCGAUUUUGCAAAGAUUCAAGAAGAGCGUUUGCCCACUCUAUAUGAAGUCCUGAUCCAAAAGACCUCAGUCCCGGUAGAUCUCUGGUCAUUUUAUACCUAUCUCUCACAAUUUCCAUAUGCAAUAAACUACUUAGAUUUCUGGAUUGAUUUGAUGGCCCAUCUUCGACUUUCCAAAGAUUAUAUCAAUGGUAUCAGAGGCUCUUUACUUGAAGAAAGUAACUUUAAUGAGCUUGAGAACCAACAGUCUAGUCAGGAAGACCAGAAUUCUAAUAGUGAAAAUGUAUCAGUAACUACUUCUGUACUUCUGAAUGCACUCAUGGAAGAAGGCCACUUAGAUUUCGAGAAUCCUGAUCGCGUUUCGAAAUUUCUGCAAGGUAAAGCUGAUUAUUCGCCGAAAUUAUCACAGCUUCUAGAUGGUUGGAAACGUCAUUCAGGCAUCUAUGACGCCAACAACAAUCUUAAUAUUGACAAUGGCAAUCUGCCCACACUCUUAGAUGAAAUGUUAAAGAAUAAAAGUAAAAGAAAUGAAACCUCCCAGAUAACAACGAAACAACUAUUGAACAAUGCAUUACAAAUCUGUAACACAUAUUUAUACUCUACGGAAAAAAGCGCGAAAUACUUAAGUAAUAUUUCAGAAGAAACAAGAAUGAAAGUACUAGAUUCAGUUGUAAAUCAAAAUCGAUAUGAUCCAGAAGUAUUUGAAGAAUUAAAGGCAACCACAUAUCAACUAUUGGAAACAGAUUGCUUUCCAAAGUUUUUAAGUACAGUGGCCUUACAUAAUAUUCAUGAUGAACUUUCUGAUUGGAGAUUUCACUCUGAAAAAGGCGCUAUAGACAAUACUACGCUGCGAUACAGAGGUUCAAGAUCACCAUUUUCGAACCAUACUACUUUAAGUAGGUUAAUUUUUGGCUUGGUUUGGUUAGGAAUAGGCUUCUGGAUUGGCUAUGUUCUAAUUUUCCUGAAAUAUAGCAGGGCUAUUCGUGUUGUUACAGUAGUACCUUUUGCAAUUGGCUGUUACUUAAUCAUAUGUGGUAUGUACCAAGUGGAUAUCAUAUAUUCCUGGUUUGGAGUUACGCAGGUACUUACAUACAAAGACAGCGAUAGCAAAAUACUUAGGUCGAACGAUGAAGAACAUACAACUACUAAGGAAAAAGUUCCAUUCCUAAUUGCCUUAUUAGGUGGAGGAAAGAGGACAGUAAAAAUUGAGCAUACAUUCAUCAAAAAAUUAUUACAAAGAAGAGGUCUGUGGUGUUUACUGUUGGUGGUGAUAUCAACAGCAAUAUUUACGGUAAUAUUUAGCUGUGUACCUGGAUUCAGAAUAUAG